GCGAAGAAAUAUAUAUAUUAAUUCACAGAACGCGAAGGAACGAGAUCGCUUUGUUUUUCUCUACCAACCCUCGAGCUACGACGACCUCGCCGCGCUUCGCUCUCGGGCGUGAAAGAUGACAACUUCAAGACGCCUUGCAGACCGGAAGGUGGCUAAGUUUCAGAAAAACAUCACUAAGAGAGGAUCAGUCCCUGAGACAGUAGUGAAGAAAGGGAAUGAUUACCCUGUUGGCCCAAUACUUAUCGGUUUCUUCAUCUUUGUGGUCAUCGGAUCAUCUCUCUUUCAAAUUAUCAGGACGGCCAUGAGUGGUGGGAUGGCUUGAAGCACCAUGGAUGGACACUGCUUUGAUGAUCUAAAAUUGACAUUAAAAAAAAAAUGUGAAAUUACUGUGUAGAAGAUCAUUUGAGCUGUAUGUUGUCAUCUUUUUGAUACUAAAUAACUUUCUUUGAAAAAAAACCAUAACCAAAUGUGCCUUGAAUCAGACCUAACAACCGGUCAGUUGUUGUUUCUUAACUUGAAUUCUUUCUUUCUUUUAGUUUGUUUGCUUUGCAAUCUCUUC